GACAGAGGAGCGAAGGGACGGCGAUGAGAAGAUCAGGAUAAAGAGCUGAACCCUGAACCACGUCAACCAUGGAAAGAUUUAUCAGUUAGUUUAGAUCGUGAGGAACAUUAUUUUCUGAUUUCUGAUUUGGAAUCCAAAAGGAACUGAAGGAAGAGCUGAGAAGAUAUCAGUGUAAGUGAAGAACUGAGUGCUGCUAAGGGCCAAGAGGACCAAAAGGAAUUUUUUGCUUUGGGUUUCUGCUACAAAAAUCUAUCAGGACUCGACCUGGUGCAAUCUGAGUCAGGAUAAAAGCAAAACACCCAAACACUUCCAGAAGAUUUAUUAAAGAUUUCUCUCAGGCAGCCUGUUGCACUCCUUCAACCGCAGUCAGAAUGGCCGUGUCGCGGGGCUGCCUGUGCUGCGUCAAAUAUCUCAUGUUCAUGUUCAACCUCAUCUUCUGGCUGGGCGGGUGUGGCCUGUUCGGUGUAGGUGUGUGGCUUUCCUUCAACCAGUCGGAGUUCUCAUCCCUCCCGCUGUCCUUCCCAUCACUGUCUGCUGCCAAUCUGCUGCUGGUGGCUGGCGGCGUGACGAUGGUGACGGGGUUCCUCGGGUGUCUCGGAGCUCUGAAGGAGCAGCGAUGUUUGCUGAUGACGUUCUUUGUGAUCCUCCUGCUUCUGUUCCUGACUGAAGUGACUCUGAUUCUCAUUCUGGGAAUCUUCCACAAAGAGCUGGACCAGAAGGCGAAGGACGACCUGAUCAAGGGAAUGAAGGACUACAGCACUAACGAGGGUUUGCAGAGAUCCUGGGACAACAUGCAGAGAAUCUUUAAAUGCUGUGGUGUGAGCAACCACACCGACUGGCACAACACCACGAGUACGGGUCAGCUCCCCCAGUCCUGCUGCAGGGAUCAUACUGACCCAUGCCACCGGUGGGAAGAGCCGUGCUAUGAGAAGGCCAAAGCUCUGCUCCUGAGCAACAUCACCUCAGUACUGGGAUUUGGCGUCUGCCUCGGUAUCGUCCAGAUCUUAGCCCUGGUGUUCUCCAUGCUGAUGUACUGCCAGAUCCUGCGGGCGGAGAAGUACCUGGACUGACCCCCACUCGCGGUGGAGUUUACCGCAGAAGGGACGCGCAGAACAAACAGGAAACAGAGGAAUUUUUCUCUUUAUUUUCGGACGUACUGGAUCCUAAAAUCAACACGACGAUUCAAGGCCGGACUUUCCGUCGUUCCAUCUGCUGCACGUUUUUAUAGAAUCAUUACGAUUGAAGUUACGCCCUGCACAUGCGGGAGGAUAGACUGAGGUAGAAGCUGUAGGUCAGUAGAGGUCAGUGUAGGGUCGGAGAUUAAAUAUUAUACUGCACAUACAAGUAGAGUUUAUUAUAAGAUGCAUUUCAGCUCAGACAGAACAGUCCGGCUGGCUAUUUUAUUUUUAAUAUUAGAAAGGUCUGUUUAUGCCAGAGCAUUAAAAAUGACAUUGAUGAAGGAUUCCUUUCGGCUUUUCCUGUGAAGAUAAUUUGUCUGCAUAUUUGAUUUGGCACAGUUUUUAUGCUGGAUGCCCUUCCUAAUGCAACCCCCCCUAUUUAUCUGGGUUUUGUUCCUGCAUUAAAGGUGCACUAACACCAUCCACCUUCUGUAUUUGAGACCAGCCCAGGAUUUAAACCCCUGGAACUCUACUGGCGCUACUGGUGGCUGUUACUAUUACACCAUACAAGCUCUCUUUAAAAAGUACAUUAUUACUAGGUGUUACAAUCUGGCUUAAUUUCCUCAGACAUGACCAACUGCGCCUGCAGGGUGCCCAACCAGGCCAAGGCCAUUUUUACAAAGCUAUAGGUUUAGGAGGCCUUUUGAUAUUAAAAAAUGAACCUGACUGUUCCAUUUUGUUUGUUUAAAGCUUUUUGUUUAGUUGUCUGCUGUUUUGUCGUAGCACAAUGUCGCAUCGAUCUGUUUUGUAUGAUCUUGUGUUAUUGUUAAAUCUGUUACUGCUUGAAUUCUCAUGCACUUCUACAGAGGAUCUGAUUCUGCAAUAAAUUUUCUAUUCAUUC